AGCUGCACUCUGCAUCAGAGUGAGUCCUGACCUCCAAACUGACUGAGAGCACACGUUGACUCUUUUAAACUGUAACUUAGUAUUUCUUUUUCAAAUCAACUUGAAGUUUAUUUUCUAGUUUCCCAUCAUGCGUCUGCAGUUGCUCCUGUGCGUAAUGGCCGUGCUGGUCUGUCCAUUUCUGCUCGCCGAGGCGCGGAUCGCCAAACGCUUCGCCAUCGGCUGCCCGGAGAAGUGCGACAAGUCUCAGUGCCCGCCGAUCCCCGCGGACUGUCUGGCCGGCGACGUGCUGGACCGCUGCGACUGCUGCCCGGUGUGCGCGUCCGGCGAGGGCGAGCAGUGCGGUGGACCCGAGGAGCGUGAGUGUGCCGAGGGGAUGGAGUGCGUGGUGACCGACGGCGUGGAGGUGUCCGCCACCGUCAGACGCCGCGGCAAGGCCGGUGUGUGCGCGUGCACCAGCUCAGACCCGGUGUGCGGCAGCGACGGUGUCUCGUACCGGAACAUCUGCGAGCUGAAGCGCGUCAGCAACCGGGCCAUGAAGCUGCAGCAGCCGCCGGUGAUCUUCAUCCAGAGAGGAGCCUGCGGGAAAGCUCAGCAGAACCCUGACAGUCUUCGUUUCAAGUACAACUUCAUCGCUGACGUGGUGGAGAAGAUCGCACCGGCUGUCGUCCAUAUUGAACUUUACCGCAAGAUGAUAUUUUCUAAGCGUGAGGUGGCCGUCGCCAGCGGCUCUGGGUUUGUCGUGUCAGAGGACGGACUCAUCGUCACCAACGCCCACGUGGUCGCCAACAAGCACCGAGUAAAGGUGGAGCUGAAGAGCGGAGCCACGUUCGACGCCAAGAUCAAAGACGUGGAUGAGAAAGCCGACAUCGCUCUGAUCAAGAUCGAUACUCCGAUGAAGUUGCCGGUGCUGCUGCUCGGCCGGUCGGCUGACCUGCGUCCCGGAGAGUUCGUGGUCGCCAUCGGCAGCCCGUUCUCCCUGCAGAACACCGUCACCACCGGCAUCGUCAGCACCACCCAGAGGGGAGGCAAGGAGCUGGGCCUCCGCAACUCUGACAUGGACUACAUCCAGACGGACGCCAUCAUCAACUACGGCAACUCUGGAGGACCACUAGUCAAUCUGGAUGGAGAGGUGAUUGGCAUCAACACUCUGAAGGUCACAGCGGGAAUCUCCUUCGCCAUCCCAUCAGACAAGAUCAGGCAGUUCCUGGCAGAGUCACACGACAGACAGUCCAAAGGUAAAACACACCAGAAGAAGAAAUACAUCGGCGUCAGAAUGAUGAGUCUCACACCAGCGCUGGCGAAGGAGCUGAAGGAGAGGCAGUCAGACUUCCCAGAUGUCACCUCGGGAGCGUAUGUCAUCGAGGUCAUCAGCCGAACUCCAGCUGAGACCGCUGGCCUGCAGGAGAGUGAUGUCAUCAUCAGCAUCAACAACGAGCGGAUCACCUCGGCCAGUGACGUGAGCGCCGCCAUCAAGCGGGACGAGACGCUGCGAACGGUGGUGCGGCGAGGAAACGAGGACGUCAUCCUGACCAUCAUCCCAGAGGAGAUCGAGCCUUGACCUCAGCCAACAAGAGUCAAGACAACAACCCAGACAGUCGACCAAUCCCGAGCUGGCUCUCAGUGUUUUUCAACCAAUUAUGAACAUUUUGAAAAACCAAGCAACGAAUAGGUGUGUGUGUGUGUGUGUGUGUGUGUGAGACUGUGUUUAAGAACUUGUAAUUAUUAGUAGUCUUCCAUGGUUUUUUGCUUGCACACACCUUCAAAGGUCCAACGUUCAUUAUCCAGAGAAAUGAAGCUCCUGCUUCUCAUGUUAGCUUGAAUUUUUCUUCUAAUCCCGAUCUACUCUUCAUCCUCACGGACCUUUUAUAUCCGACUAACCCCGUCUGUCGCUGCAGGUUACCGUAGUUCUGUUUCAUUGUGUAUAUUCUUUAUGGAAUAUUUUUUUAAUAGUAUUUUUUGUCUUUACGUGUUUGAUGACAUUUUUUUCAAAAAAGGGAAUAAAAGUCUUUACAGAA